AUGGAGAUGGAUGACGAGUUGGGAGAUUCAGGGGAUUCGGUCGAUGAAAUGGAAGAUGAAAUGGAAGAGGAGCCAUUGAAAGGUCCUGAGGGUGCUAUUGUUGAUAUAACUAUCAACAGUAUUGAGACAGGAAUAAACUGUGACCAGCUGAGGUUGGCCAUGCCCAGGUCGUCAUCCUCCAGCCCAGAGAAGCUGAUGUCCACCAAGAUUUUACUCAGGCUGUCGUUCAUGGUGUCUAGUACAAAGUCCUCGGUGAGCGAGUGGCUGCUAGAUUCCUUCUGCUGCUCGUGGGAACAGGAAGCGAGCAGCUCACGGGGGGAACCGAACAGCGGCAGGUCUCUGAAAGGCGUGCUGCAGAAGCUCAACCCGCUGUGCUCAUGCCUCUGCGGCGGUGUUCUGAUCGGGCUGAAAUCCAGAACGCCGCGGUUCCUUUUAUCCAGUGUGAUCUCCCACGGCUCCAGUUACUUGCUGGCACCCUUCCAUCUCUAUCGCAUCGUUUACUAUUACAAGGACUCUGCUGGACACUUCCAUCUUUUGGACAGAGAUAAAAUUGCCACUCUCAUUAGCACAUACCUCAAGGAGCUUUUGACACAGGCAGGGCUGAAUCUGCAGGUUGCUGUGGUUCAGACAGCGUAUGCCAAUGGAAGCUCUACACAGUACCUUGAAAACGUCAUGAAGGUUUCAGUGUGCUGUACGAAGACAGGAGUGAAGCAUCUCCAUCACGGCCAUGGAACGGUUCUGUUCAGUAAAAAAGCAGAGAAGAUCCAGCAGCUAGCCAAAGACCCGAACGCAAGAGAUGAGCAGAAACAUGCAGGAAAGCUUUUGGAGAACACUGUGAACCUCAUCAACCAGGCUACAGGUGAUGCCAUUUCAGAUAUGCUGCUGAUUGAAGCAGUGUUGGCUAUCAGAGGGAUAACUGUUCAGGAUUGGGAUGUCAUAUACUCAGACCUGCCCAAUCGCCAGCUCAAAGUCAAGGUAGCAGACAGGCGUGUGAUAGACACAACACAUGCAGAGCGUAAGGCAGUAACACCAGCAGGACUACAAGACUCCAUAGAUGCUCUGGUCAAGAAGUACAAACAAGCCAGAGCCUUUGUCCGACCCUCUGGCACUGAGGAUGUGGUCUGAGUGUAUGCUGAAGCUGACACGCAGGAGAGUGUCGAUGGCUUGGCACAUCAAGUGAGUCUGGCAGUAUAUCGACUAGCUGGAGGAGUUGGAGAAGAGCCCAAGCCUUUAAAGUGAUGCUGAGUGACAUAAACACUACAUUAAUAGAUGAUUCAGAUGAUCUUCUGAUUUGAUGCCGAUGCUGCACUUCAAUGUUUGCACUUUGCCUUCAUGUUUUUAUGAACUGUGAAAAGUUUAGUUUUUGUACUAUGAU